AUGAUAGCAUGGUCAGUGGAGUUGUCCGAGUUUGGCAUCCGAUAUGAAAGUCGAGGUCCCUUGAAGGCUCAAUGCCUGGCAGAUUUUGUGGCUGAACUCACUCCAACCCUAGCAGAAGAAAAUCAGGUAUGGACUCUAUACGUUGAUGGAUCUUCCAACACUAAAGGUGGUGGUGCAGGUAUCAUUUUGGAAGGACCCAACAAUGUCACCGUAGAGAAGUCUCUUAAAUUUGGAUUCAGAGUCACUAAUAACCAAGCAGAGUACGAAGCAUUACUAGCAGGACUGAGUGGGACAUACCAGACCAAGGACACCCUACUACAAAGGUACUUUCAUGUAGCAUCCCAGCGGAUCUCAUCCUUUAGUGAGUUCACCAUACACCAUGUGCCCCAAGAGAAGAAUGUUAGAGUCGAUCUCCUGUCCAAGCUCGCCAGCACAAAGCGCCAUGGGCAACAUCGAACCAUUAUCCAAGAGACCCUAAAUUCUCCCAGUCUAGACGAUAAAGUCGUCAAUACCAAUGAUAAUGAAGACCAAGGAUGGAUGACGGGUAUAUGGAGCUACUUAAAAGAGGGAACUCUACCCGAAGACAAAGAUGAAGCUCGGAAGACGAGGGUACGGUCAUCUAAGUUUGUCAUCAUCGGAGAUGAGCUGUUCAAAUGUGGCAUCUCGACUCCCUUGUUGAAAUGCCUAACAAAGUCCCAAGCCACCUACGUCAUCGAGGAGAUCCACCAAGGAAUAUGCGGUAUGCACUCCGGGGCACGCUCGAUGACAACUAGGGUGCUUCGAGCUUACUGGCCCACACUAAAGUCAGAUUGCCAAGAUUAUGUGCAAAGGUGUAAAGAAUGUCAGCAGUUCGGCAACGCACAUCGGCAACCACCCGAAGUCCUCCACAAAAUGAUGUCCCUGUGGCCCUUUGCCCAGUGGGGGAUGGACAUCCUCGAACCAUUUCCCCUCGCGAAAGGUCAACUCAAAUUCCUCCUUGUGGCAGUCGACUACUUCACCAAGUGGAUUGAGGCAUGCCCACUUGCAAAAAUCACCGCCGAGAACGUGCAAAAGUUCACCUAG